AAAUAAUACGCGAACGUUUUCUGUAACUCUCUCCCCCACUCCUUUACUAACAUUAGUUCAAUUAAGAAUAAAUGUCAGCGACAAGCGUUAUUACCAAAACUUAAAUACUAGAAAUAUUCGCUCUCAUAUAAUAGAAAUUAUUUUUCAAAUAAAAAUAUGCUUUAGGGGUGAUAUAAUAAUCCUGGUGUCCAAACACACUCUCUCCCACUCUUCGCAUCUAGCGAAAUGAGAGCUGACGUUUAUUCUCAUAACUCUCUUGGUUUAUCACGUGGCACCAGCUGUUUUGUGCGCAUAUCUACUCUUUGGUGCGCAUGAAGAUGUUUUUGUCAGGCAAUGCGCCACAAUGCGCUCGGGUGGCUCAGGCGGCAGUGAACAACAUGGCGCCGCCCUUGCAACACGUUACUAGUACUACACUUUACUGAGAAGGCUGAGAGAGAAGUGAGAACGUUAUCUAGAGAUUCUCCGUGUCAAGUAGUUAUGAGAUUUGUGUAAUCAUAGAUGUUUUAUGUUUAAAUAUUAGUGAAGUGUGUGUUAAGUACUGAAGUAAAAAUGAAUGACAGCCAGCAGAAAGAUACUAAUGAAUCCGACAAGAAGUGUCAGGGAGAAUCCAGUACUCCCGAUAGUCCCAGUCACACGGAGAACUCAAAAAUGGUGGUAGCUAAAGCUUCGAAAGAACGCAGAAUAUUUCGGGGUCCCAUUAAAUCAAUUAAUAGAAUUCCGGAAGAUUUAAUGGAGAAAGUGAAUUCGUUUCCUCCUGUGCAAGCUCUUCCACAAAACUACAAUUUUGAAAUACCAAAGACUAUUUGGCGUAUUAAACAAGUUGAAGCAAAGCGCGUCGCCCUUCAGAUGCCAGAGGGAUUGCUCAUGUUUGCCACAACUAUUAGUGACAUUAUUGAACAUUUUACUGGAGCUGACACUGUCAUAAUGGGAGAUGUAACAUAUGGUGCGUGUUGUGUGGAUGAUUUUACAGCAAAAGCCCUAAAUGUGGAUCUCCUUGUACAUUAUGGCCAUAGCUGUCUUAUCCCAAUUGACCAAACUUCUGGAAUUAAAGUUCUGUACAUUUUUGUGGACAUUAAAAUUGAUGCUCUUCACUUCAUUGAUACUGUUGAACAUAACUUUGAUAAGUCGCAGCGAUUGUGCUUAGUGAGCACCAUACAGUUUGCAGCAAGUCUUCAAGCUGCUGCUAGAGAAUUGAAGGAGCAAGGUUAUGAAGUGAUUGUACCACAGUGCCGACCAUUAUCCCCUGGAGAAAUUCUUGGCUGCACAGCUCCUAUUGUGCAAAAUGCUGAUGUUCUAAUUUAUUUAGGAGAUGGAAGGUUCCACUUAGAAGCAAUGAUGAUCGCAAAUCCGAAGUUGAGAGCUUACAGAUACGAUCCCUAUGAAAAAAAGUUCACUGAAGAAAUGUAUGACCAUGAUGAAAUGAGAUCAGUUCGAAAGCAUUCAAUUAUGGAAGCAAAAAAUGCUCAAGAAUUUGGUUUGAUUCUUGGAACUUUGGGACGACAAGGCAGUAUGAAAGUUUUAGAGCACAUUCAAGAUCGAUUAACAAAACUUAACAAGAAGAGUAUCAUAAUUCUACUUUCUGAAAUUCUGCCAGAAAAAUUGGAGCAGUUUCCUUCAGUAGGAGCCUUCAUUCAAGUAGCAUGUCCCCGACUGUCCAUUGAUUGGGGUAGAGCUUUCCGAAGACCUCUUCUAACUCCAUAUGAAGCAGCUGUUGUUUUAGAGGAAGCUGAGUGGGAAGCUUCCGAGUCAAAGAGCUACCCAAUGGAUUUUUAUGCAAAUGACAGCUUGGGUCCGUGGACGCCUAAUCACAAACCGCCCAAGGAGGAAAAGUGCUGUGGGAUUGGGAAAUGUGGUUGAUUAUUGAAUUUUGUUUGUUUAUUGUUAUCAAUUCUAAAUAUAUAUUAUUUAUGUUUCAGAUAACAUUUUGAUUUUAAAAUAUGAGAACUUUUGCUUUUGAGAAACCUUAUAUAACCAUUAUUUAGGUUCCAUUAUCAGUAUUGUGAAUUGGAAUAUUGAAGCAGCCAAUUCCUUAGUGAUAUUGUUUAUAAUAGUAGAUGUGUGAAAGACAGUUCAGUAUUUUCUUCUUGCAGUUUGUGUGUUUUACAAGUUACUAUUGAUAUUGUGAAGCAAGCAAUUGGGGUAUAAAAUUACAUGGUGAUUUUCCCCUUACUGGAGCACAGUGAAGUGCUUGCUUAAAUGACAUCCUUAAGUUGUACCGUGUUAUAAACUUCUACUCACGUGACUUGAACAGCCCUGAGAAAAUAUUUGAGAAGAAUCAUUCAUUACUAUCAUUACAUAUUGUUUGUUUUGUUGUUGUUUUUUUCCACAAUUUUUUAUGCGGAAAAUACCCAACUUGAUGGUGAUCAUGAACAGUUCAUUGUGCCGGAGUAAGACAUUGAAAAGCUCAUGAUGUAAAACAAAUAGUAAGUUUAAGAAAUUUCAAAAUUUUGUGAACCUGUAAUUAGAGCAAUUCAUGAAAGUUACCAAGGGUUUCCUAAGCACAACCCUUUUUGCUUAUCAAAAUCACACAAAAUAGUUUUACAAAAAGUAGGGCACGUUCUGAUCAAGAACAACCAAUUAAAUACUUUUGUAUAAUGAAAACAUUUAGUAUUUUGAACUGAGUAUUGACAAUAAUGCAAUAGCGUAGGGUAACAAGUUAAUUGGGAUUUUUGCAAGAUGUAAUGGUAUGAAUAACAUUGUAAACAAAAUUUUUUUACAACAAAAUACACUUAAGAACAUAUGAAAACUAUGUGAAGCCGGCAAGUAAAAGUAAUUGUAUAUUUACAUGGGAGAAUCAGAAACGUCAUGAUAUUAGCGUUCCAAUGUAGUGUAACCCUCAUCACAUUGGAUGUUGUAUUUAAGGUACACUCGUCAUGAUUUGCAAUAGCCAAGAUGUGUGUAAUCUACGCAAAUGAGAAUACCAUUGAUUUAUUAAAACUUAUGUCAUAUAGAAUGGUUACUAGCCAUUUGAGCUAAAUGUUUUCUUCUCAUGAUCCUUUUCUGGAGGCUUUUUUAAAAAUAAUUUUUCCCUCGUUAUAGAGAUGAUAAUAUUGAUGGCUUUUCUACAAUAACCUGACCAGAAUUUGGAGGAGAGUUCUUAUUUUAACACAUUACC